CUCGGGUUGAUAAAUAGCUCCUCUUCCAGACACAUUAAAUCCAGUCGUGAGCUUUAGCUAAACACUGUUCUUCUAGCUAAACACGGGCAAAUAUAUACUGCUUUGUUGGACUUGUUUUACACUAAGAAAAGAGCAAGAGUUUUCAGAAUGAAGUUUGUCAUAUUGAUGUUUUGCCUGCUGGGAGCAGUCUAUGCUAAUCCACUCUUGCAUAAAAUUGGUAUGGGGAUGAUUAAAGAUGCGUCCAACUCUUUAGAUAGCUCUUCUGAAUCCUCUCAGCAGAAUGAUGCCCCUGACCCUUCAGAUGAGAACUCCAAUGAUAAUAGCUCUGACAGCAAUACAUCAGAAUCACCUGAGUCUAACUCAUCUGAACCGGUCUCUGAUGAGAGCCAAAGCCAUUCUGUGGAAAGUCUGACUGGACAAAGUGACACUGCAGUGACAUCAGAUGACACUCAAAGCAGUAAAGAAAACAUGCGUAGGGGCUGGGUCUACACCCUCAAAUGGGUCCAUGCGAACUACAGCAACGUCCAAGCAACCAGUGAACCAGAUGAGGACGACGUCACAGAUGAGGUCAAAUCUGUGGACAUCACAGACGAGUUGACAGUUGCAACAUCAAAACCGAGCGAAAACAGUGAAUCGAGCGAGAGUUUAGAGAAGGUCGGUGCGAAGACCGUUGACACACAAGAUGAAAAUAAUGGUGCCGACACAAGCGAAAGUGUCGAACACACAUACGCUGUUGAGGAGGCACAGUACAGCACUAGUAACAGUAGCAGCAGUAGCAGCAGCAGCAGCAGCAGCAGCAGCGAAAGCACAGAGUCCAGUAACAGCACACAGAAUGACAGCAGUCACUCAGUGGAGUGUGUCACUGGAACCGACAGCCAAGACUGUGAAAGUGAGGAAGACUUUCCCCACGACAUUGGCGAUGAUGGUGCAACCGACCCCUUCAACGGCUUCCUUAUGCCAGAUUAUGUUGAGUCCUAACAGCUUUGUAUUUGUUUAUGACUCAGUGCUGUGAUGUCUGCAAAUGGAAAUCCCAGGAAUUUAUUAGAGUAGGAUGUGGGAAAUAUUAAAAAGAGUAUAUUUAUAGUUUGGCUGUUCCCGUAUAAACUUAGGCUAGAUAAAAAAAACUUGUCGGUAAUGUUUUAGGUUACCUCAGUCCACUUGAAAUAUACUGUAUAUUUAAACUUUAUUUUACUUUCAUAUGCAUCAUGAGGCUGCAGUAUUUUUCUAAUUUAUA